AUGACAAAAACAACACCAAUACGAUAUGCAAUUGUUAAAUCAAUUAUUUCCGCACCAAAAUUAUCACGCCCACCAACUAAUUCAAACACUAGUGAAUCAUCUAUUGAUGAACCAUAUGCAUUUGAAGCUCGUGAAUAUUUACGUAAACGAUUAGUUGAUCGUGAAAUUUGUUAUACAAUUGAUUUUCAUAUAACACAAACAAAUCGUUCACUAUGUACAGUUUAUUUAGGAAGAGAUAAAGAAACAGAUGAAAAUAUUAUUGAAUCAUUAUUAUCUGAAGGUCUUGUAGAAUUACGACAACAAACUGAUGCACGCGCAAAUGAUGCUAAUAAUCAACGUUUAGUUAUUAUUGACGAACAAGCAAAAUUAAAUAGACGUGGUCGUUAUUCAGAUGAAUCACCAAAUGCUCAUAUAAGAAAUAUGAAAUGGACAUUAGAAAAUCCUAAACAAUUUGUUGAUAAACAUAAAUCAUCACCACCAUUAGAUGCUAUUGUAGAAUUUAUACGUGAUGGUAAUACAGUACGUUGUUUACUUAUACCAUCAUAUUAUUUAGUAACGAUACAAUUGAGUGGUAUUAAAUACCCUAUGUUAAAACGUGAUGAUAAUUCAACAAAUGAACUAUAUGCUGAAGAAGCUAAACAAUAUGUUGAAACACGAUUAUUACAAAGACAAGUUAAAGCUAUAUUAGAUGGAGUUAAUAAUCAAAAUUUACUUGGAACUUUAUUACGUCCAAAUGGAAAUAUAGCAAUAUAUUUAUUAAAAGAAGAAAAAUAUGCAAAAGAUAACCGAUUAAAAAUUUGGCAAAAUUAUAUACCACAACCAGCUCUUAUUGAUAUUGAUAGUAAUACUGCUUCAGCUGUUAAUAGUAAAUCAAAUGAUUCAUCACUUAAAGGAUAUCAGGCUAAAAUCUUGGAAAUUGUUAAUUGUGAUGUAUUAACAAUUCGUGAUUUACGUGACAAUAAAAUUAAAAAGAUCUAUCUUUCAUCUGUUCGUUCUCCACUAAAUAAUAAUUAUCCAGAAAAAAUUUAUUGUACUGUUUAUAUUGAAAAUGUUAAUAUUGGUGAAGUUUUAAUUUCAAAAGGUUUUGCAAAAGCUAUAAGAUAUCGACAAGAUAAUGAACAACGAUCAUCUCGUUAUGAUGAUCUUCUCAUUCCUGAACAACAAGCAGAAAAACGUUCUGUUUGUUUAUUUUCAAAUGGUAGUGGUCUUUAUCGUAUUGUUGAUAUGAUUGGUGAUACUAAUAAAGAACGAGCUAAAGGUUUACUAAAUAUUCUUCAACGUAAUGGUCGUAUGGAUGGUGUUGUUGAAUUUGUUGCAAGUGGUUCUCGUUUUCGUAUACAUUUAUUAAAAGAUAAUUGGAUUAUGUCAUUUUUAUUAUCAUCAAUUAAUUGUCCACGUGUUGAACGACGUAUUCCUGUGAGUAGUAAUUCACAACAACAACAAAAAAUUGAAUCCGAUGAACCAUUUGGUAUUGAAGCAUUAAAUUUCUCCAAAGAACAUUUCUUACAACGAGAUAUUUUUGUUGAAGUUGAAAGUAUGGAUCGUGGUAGUCAUUUUAUUGGUCGUUUAACAACUACUGAUGGACAAUCAGUUGCAUUAAUACUUGUACAAGCUGGUCUUGCUAAAAUACAUAAUUCUGCAUAUAAUGCAUCAAAUUAUAAACAAUUAUUAGAAGCUGAAGAAAAAUGUCGAAAGGAACAUAUUGGUAUUUGGACUAAUUACGAAGAAUCAUCAAUAAAAGAGAAUGAAUAUGAAAAUGAAAGAGAAAAUAAUCCUGAAAAUGAAAAUAUAUAUGAAUCAGAUAUAAUUAAUUUUACUGAUCCACGUUUUCGUGAUGCUUUUAUUACUUAUAUAACAUCUGACUUAAAAAUUUAUCUACAAUAUUCUGAACACGGACGAAAACUUGAACAAUUACAAUCUGAAUUACGUGAAAUAUUUAAUCGAACAAAACCUAUCGCUGCACGUUUUACAGCUGAUAAUGAAUGGUAUCGUGCACGUGUUGAAAAAAUUGAAGGAAAUAAUCGUAUAUCAAUUUAUUUUGUUGAUUAUGGUAAUCGAGAAAUAAUUACAGAUUUAAAUCAUCUUACAACAUUACCACCUGGUUUUUCACAAUUAAAUAGUCAAGCUCAUGAAUAUGAAUUAGCUUAUGUUCGAGCAUCACCAGAUGAAGAUGAUCGACAAGAAACUAAAAAUGCUUUAUUAGAUGAAAUAGGUAAUAAUGAAUGUUUAAUAAAAGUUGAAUAUCGUCAAAAUAAUAUUGAAUAUAUAUCACUUUAUUAUAUUAAUACAAAAGAAAAUAUAGUAAAAAAAUUAGUUGAACAAGGUCUUAUUAUUAUUGAACAAGAACGUAAUCGUCGUCAAAUACGUUCAACAUUAUUAUAUGAUGAAUUACAACAAGCACAAACAAUAGCUAAAGUAGCACGUCGUGGUCUUUGGCAAUAUUCUGAUCAAAUUGAAGACGAUGCAACUGAAUUUGGUUUUACUGGGCCUUUAAUUUUUUUCUAUUUAACAAAUUAA